AUGCGUGUUAAACGUCGUGGUGAAAAGCUUUUGUUAUUUUUGGACGGCAAAUGGGAGCAUAGUUACUUUUUGCCUUCAUCAAAAGUAACGGUAAAUAUUGAGGAAAUAGCUGCUGGAUAUUCCCUUCAUAACAUAUCUUCAACUGACUUUAUGACUCGAACUAACAAAACUUUGAAUGAAAAGUUUCAAGGGCGAAUGGUUAAGAUGCUCUUCAAUGACUAUAACGUAUUGAAAAAUGCAAAGAGAAGUAACAUACUCAACAGAUUCAGCUCAAAAUCAAGCGAAAUACGUGAAGGCUACAAAGUGAAGAACAGGAAAGCAAAAUAUUCUACUGUAACUUUUGAAAACCACAAAUCUUACGCAGUAAUAAGCCUAGAACGUGUGGCCAGCAUUUUAAAAACUUUUCAAAUUUCGUUCAAAUUUCGUACAUUGUCACCAUCAUCAGUAAUUUUCUUGUUUGCUACGAAUACCUCUUAUGAUGGUGAUUACGCGUCAUUGGAGCUUUAUCGUGGAAGAUUAAGAUAUACCUAUGGGUAUCAAUCUCGACAGGAAAGCGUGUUGUCAUCAGUUCCAUCCGAUGGACAGCUUCUGAAUGAUUUUAGGUGGCAUAGCGUCCUUAUUCAUCAGGUUUUGGUGUAA